AAUAAAAAUGGAUGUGAACGCAGAUUAAAACACUCUGUAGUGGAAUCAUCUCGUUUUAGGAAUAAAACUAUAUUUUGAAUUUGUGUCAAAAUCCAGUUGGCCAUUAUUCAGUUGAGGCCAGGUUUGAUCGCCUUUAAAUUUGUUGUAUUCAUACGAUCUCCAUUUUUUGGUUUCUUCCCCCUUUAUUCAUUCCCUCUCACCAUUGCAUUUAUUCAACACAAAUCUCGUUUCCCCACCGCCUCAAAGGUGCAAUCUUUAUACAUCAUUUCACUUCAAUUGCUGUCUUACUUCAAUAUUUGAUGAUGGGAUUUGGGUUUUCAAUUUGGGGUUUAUUGCUGUUGAAUCUCGCUUGCUGUUCGAGGGGAUUCACACCCGUUGAUCAAUUCUAUGUCAACUGUGGAUCGUCGAGCGACGCCGUUGUGGGUAAUGUUACUUUCAUUGCUGAUAAAUCUGCUGCGAAAUAUCUCUUAACCCCUCAAGAGAUUUUAGCUGAUAGCAAUUUGAAUUCGAUAACUAGGGCUGAGGAUUCCCCUUUGUUUAGAACUGCUAGAAUCUUCAAUGGCCCUUCUAAGUAUACGUUUCCGAUUAGGCAAAGCGGUAGGCAUUGGAUCCGCCUCCAUUUUUACCCUUUUAUCUAUCAAAAUUAUGAUAUGAAAACCGCUAGUUUCUCUGUUUUCUCUCAGACGACUACAUUGCUUAGUAAUUUCACCCCUAAGGCUGCUAUUGUUAGGGAAUACUCUGUUAAUGUGGAGAGGGGGGAUCUCGUCAUCGCCUUUUCGCCUUCUGACAAUUCGAUUGCUUAUGUUAAUGCUAUCGAGGUUGCAUCCGUGCCCGAUAAUCUCAUCGCGGAUGCUGCACAGCUCUAUAGCUCUUCGGGGCAGUUUACUGGGCUGUCGGCUCAGUCCCUGCAGACACUUGCGAGGCUGAAUAUGGGUGGCCCGUUCGUGUCGUUGGUGAAUGACACAUUGGGGCGUAACUGGGAACCGGAUGGUUCGUAUUUGAAACAGCCGAAUCUUGCUACUAGUAAGUCUAAUAUCCCGGCUGUUCAGUACCCUAGUGGUGGUGCAACGGCAGAUACUGCUCCACCGACUGUUUAUGGGACUUGCACGAAGAUGAACUCAGAUGGUGAUCCAAAUAGUAACUUCAAUGUCACCUGGGACAUCCCGGUGGAUCCUGGUUUUCAGUACUUGAUUCGGUUGCACUUCUGUGACAUUGUGAGUGCAUCGCCUACCGAUUCUGUGUUUAAUGUUUACAUUGACACGUAUGCUGUUUAUCGAGAUCUAGAACUAUCUACGAAACUUUAUGGGAAGUUGGCCACUGCUUUCUAUGGGGAUUUUGUUACCCCGGUGCUUGAUAGACCUAACGUUAGUGUAAGCAUUGGUCCAUCUCCUAGGGGUUCUUAUCCUGAUGCGUUUCUAAACGGUUUGGAGGUUAUGAAAAUAAGAAAUAGCAAGGACAGCCUUGCUGGGGCAUCUGUUAUGCCGUCGUUUCCUAAAUCGAAGAAGAACUUAGGCAUUAUCGUGGGUGUGAGCGUUGGAGUACCAGUAGCGUUGAUUUUGGUCGGAAUUCUGUUUUUCAUGCACAAAAGAAGGAAACGUCAACAACUGAAAUUCUCAAAAACAUGGGUUCCUAUAUCGGUUAAUGGUGGAGCUUCUCAUACCAUGGGAAGCAAAUAUUCGACUGGCACAACUGUCAGCGUUGGUUCGAACAUGAGCUAUCGCAUCCCUUUUGUAGCAGUGCAAGAUGCAACAAACAACUUUGACGAGAGCUGGGUGAUUGGAGUUGGUGGGUUUGGCAAGGUUUACAAGGGAGAAUUACACGAUGGUACAAAGGUUGCUGUUAAGAGAGGCAAUCCCCGGUCCCAGCAAGGUUUAGCAGAAUUCAGAACUGAAAUCGAGAUGCUUUCCCAGUUCCGCCAUCGCCAUUUGGUUUCCUUGAUUGGUUAUUGUGAUGAGAAGAAUGAGAUGAUUCUGGUAUACGAGUACAUGGAGAAUGGGACUCUCAAAGGCCAUCUCUACGGUUCAGAUCUUCCAAGUUUAGGCUGGAAAGAGAGGCUCGAGAUAUGCAUUGGAGCUGCAAGAGGGUUGCACUAUCUCCACACUGGCGAUGCUAAAGCAGUUAUUCAUCGUGAUGUGAAGUCAGCAAACAUAUUGGUGGACGGGGACAUGAUGGCUAAGGUUGCUGACUUUGGGCUUUCUAAGACGGGGCCAGAGCUUGAUCAAACUCACGUCAGCACGGCUGUAAAAGGGAGCUUUGGUUACCUCGAUCCCGAGUAUUUCAGAAGGCAGCAGCUGACAGAGAAAUCAGAUGUUUACUCAUUUGGCGUUGUCUUGUUUGAAGUUCUAUGCGCCAGGCCUGUGAUAGAUCCAUCUCUACCCCGAGAAAAGGUUAACUUAGCUGAAUGGGCAAUGAAGUGUCAGAAGAAGGGCCAGCUUGAUCAAAUCAUCGAUGUGAAUCUUGUGGGGAAGAUAAAACCCGAUUCCCUCAGAAAGUUUGGAGAAACGGCAGAGAAAUGCUUGGCGGAUUAUGGAGUGGACCGGCCUUCAAUGGGCGAUGUUCUUUGGAAUCUUGAAUACGCACUUCAGCUUCAACAGGCAGUGAUCCAGAAUGAUCCCGAUGAGAACAGCACAAAUGCUAUCGGGCAGCUGUCUCCGCAAGUUGGUGAGUUCAUCCAUGUCGAGACUACUACCACUUCUGUUGCCCAGUUUGAGACCUCGAGUGUUGAUGAUCUGUCGGGUGUCUCGAUGAGUAAAGUUUUCUCGCAGCUGGUGAAUUCCGAGGGGAGGUGAUUUAAAUGCUUGUAGAUGAUGUUUAUGUUUGAGAUUUCCAUUUGUAAUUGUUCAUCGUUUUCAAGCAACAUUUACACUGUUUAAUUGUUUGCGUUUCUUGCUUUCAUAUGUGGUAUGGAAAUUGAAACCAGAGUUGUAUAAGAUUUUGGAGGGCCUCUGCCCUAUGUAAUGAAAGUUAGGUAUCAUUGGUUUUCUUGCA